AUGGAGCCGAACAAACUAAAAGAUAUAAUUCUGAACGUGAAACACCCGUGCGUUGUGAAAAGUGGAACCCUCCUUCCCUGGCCAUGUUUGCAACAAAGUUUUUCCGAGUGGUGUGCAGCCUUCGAUAGUUCCCGGACAAAGUUAAUACCGUUCGAAGGGUGUUCGACGAAAAAUGGCAUCAAUCCGCAAUGGGAGCGUCGAAGAACGCAAACGAGGAUGCGGAUGAAAGACAUUCUCAAACCUAAUCAUGAAGGACGAUGGAAUUCGUUCAGCUAUCGCAACAUCAGCGAACUGCCGGCCGAGUGUCGUAAGGAUAUCCGUUUUGCUUGGUGCGGCUUUCCGGAGGUUGACGAAGACAUCACAUUCUGGAUCGGAUCAGCAUUUGCACACACUCCUUGCCAUUACGACACCUACGGGUGCAACAUUGUGGUGCAAGUUUACGGUAGAAAAUCGUGGAUACUUUUACCACCGGAGGCAAAGCUAACGCCUGUACGUGUGCCUUUUGAGGAGUCGAGUGUUUACUGUGCACAAAACUUCUAUAGCCCGCCGUCUUAUCGUGAUUUCGUGGGAGUGGAAAACGAGGUAUAUCAUGUGAUCCUAGAGCCCGGAAUGACUUUAAUUGUUCCACCGAGAUGGUGGCACUUUGUGGAAUGUUUGGAACCAUCCCUUAACUUUAAUACCUGGCUGCCGCUGUCAAACGAUUUGGAAACCCUGAUCUCGGAGUGUAUAACGAAGAUAAUGAUUCUUGAAACAUGCAAGGACCUUCCAGCAGAGAUCCGAGCACAUGUUCUUAACCCGAAUGAGGAUCCUGUUAUCACAGACGAUGCUCUCGAACAGACCUACCAUAUUUUGGAGUACCUGCAGAAUAAGAAACAGAAUAAAAAACGGCAGGUAUCGGAUAUUACAAGGUAUAACUCCGGUUAUUUAACUAGCGAUGCGCUGAACGCACUUCUCGAAGAGUGUGGCGAAUUCGUUAAUCCGGUGGCUAAACUGGAAUGUUACGAUUUCUUCAAAUUAAUGAAGCAAAACAGUUUGCGCUUUAAUAACGAAGCAAAUGACCGGAUCGCGGACGCUGUGCUCCAAAAGUGCCAGAUUGAGCAGCUGGAAGAUGUACGAAGACAAAUAAACUGCUGUUGUAGUCCAUCGAUAGUGCAACUUGUGAAGGAUGCCAUGUAAUAAAAUGAUAAA